GUGUAAUCUUCGUCCGCUCGGCUCUCCUCGGCUCUUUUCGCUGUUGCUGCCUUCCCGGGGGCGGUCGCUUCGCUGCCAGAGACGCUUUCUUUUUUUUCCGGGUUCGGAGCCGUUCCGGAUGCUUUAGGUUGCCGGAUGUCUGAUCUUCGGAUAACUGAGGCGUUACUGUACAUGGAUUAUCUGAGAAUGUCUGAGUGUAUCCAGAUCUCAUUUGCGGUUUGUAGAAUUGGCAUUUACACGGUGACUAGAAUAUAUCCAGCUGAAAACCAUCAACCAUUUAGACUACAUGCUUCAUUUGAAUUGUGUUCUGGAUAUGAAUCAAGUAUGAAAACUUGUUUUAGAGCACUUUGCUGCAAGGGACCCCCUCCUCCACGACCAGAGUAUGAUUUAGUCUGCAUAGGCCUCUCGGGUGCUGGAAAAACCAGUAUGUUGUCGAAGCUAUGUGGUGAGAGCCCGGAGAAUGUCGUGUCUACAACAGGUUUUAGCAUAAAAGCAGUUCCAUUCCAGAACGCCAUCUUGAAUGUAAAAGAACUUGGAGGAGCUGAUAACAUUAGGAAAUACUGGAGUCGCUACUACCAAGGAUCUCAAGGGGUAAUAUUUGUAUUAGACAGUGCUGCUUCGGAAGAGGAACUAGAAACCUCUAGAAAAGAACUACAUUCAGCUCUUCAGCACCCACAGUUAUGUACUUUGCCAUUUUUAAUAUUGGCCAAUCAUCAAGACAAGCCAGCUGCUCGAUCAGUACAAGAGAUCAAAAAAUAUUUUGAACUUGAACCACUUGCACGAGGAAAACGCUGGAUUCUGCAACCCUGUUCACUAGAUGACAUGAAUGCAAUAAAAGACAGCUUCACUCAACUGAUACAUUUGUUAGAAGAAAAGAACCCUGAACCUGUAAGAAUGUGAAAGCUAGAGAAGAAAACUAAUUCUUGGAAGGUCCUUGAACCUAGCCUGUUUGUUUCUUGUUUUAAUUUUAUUUUGGUAUCAAAACUAUUAACCGCUUUAAAAUCCAUUUUUUUCCCCUGCAAGUAUUCCAGAUUCUGUUUCAUCUCUCUAUUCAAAUAAAUAUUCUGUAAGUCAGGUAAAUUAUCAUUGAUAUUAAAGUCCAAGUACACACUACUGAGAGAGAAUUUAUUCUCUAUUUACCACUAAUUAUUCUGUUCAUUGCAUGUAGCUUCCUUCUAUUGUUAGGAGAACCUCCAUGAUCUGCCCUGUGCUGAAAUGGAUGGGAGUUGAGUUCAUUUAGUGUCAGAUAUUUUGUGAAGGAUGCAAAACUACUCACAGUACCUUGACUUAUUUUCCAAAGGGGAUCUAUAAAAUAUGUUAUGUAAUAUGUACACCAUAGAAUUUUUAUGGACCUUCAGAUACUCAGAAGAGAUUUAAUUUUAGAUGCUGCCCUCGUGGACUAUUUGACUACCUAGAAUGGUCACCAACAGUUCCAGUAAAUCAUCCUUAUAAGAAGGAAUGCUCUAUUGAUGCAGGAUUGGCUUUGAAGUGUCACUUAAUGACAACACAAGUGAUUUUGGGGUUGAUUACAACUCGAGUCUCAUUCUCCACUCACUUUAAAGGCAUAGACCAUUAAUUUUGUGUUUGAAUGGGGAUAUCCAAGCACAAAUUCCUAUCAAGAUGUACAGGUAUAUUAAGAAUGAUCUAGACUUGAUAGAAAAGAGAAUGAGAAUCUUCAUAAAAUCAAGCUGCAACAAAAUUAUCAGUAAGUUGUUUUAUUGUUUAUAGUUUCUUUUAAGAAAUCUUUAGAAGAUUGAUAGAAAUGAAGGAAAUAAGUUUUUUUUUUUUUUAAAUAAAACAAAAUUAUGGAAAUGAUUAAGAACAGCCAAAUGAAACAUAUGUAAAAUUGACAGUGGUUGUCGUGUUAGUGGCAAAGAUUUCAAAUAAGGGAUCAUUUGUAUCAUUCAUUCAUAAAGUGCUAAUGUAUUUUAGUGGUCUGCUAGUGCCUCUCCACAUUAGAUGAGGGUCUAUCAGUGUUUCUAUUAUAAACCUCUAUUUUCAGAGGUUGACAACUUGGCCUCAACAAUUUGCUCUGGGCUAAAUGUUAAUGCAUUUGUUCUUGGCUCAGCUUCAAUUUUUGAACUAAUUAAAAAUUAAUCCAUUUAAUUGAACUUCUAGAAUUGAAAUGGAAUGAAAUGUAUUGGUUUUCUGGGGUUUGAUCCCCUUUUGUCCUCCUGAAACUGAAAACAGAUUUCUGGAUGGAGGGCUUUUAAAAAUUAAAUUUUCUAGGCCUUUGGUCCAUAAUAUGGAUUAGGGCCUUUGGGUCCUUAUAAAUUUUUUUUUUUAAGUGGAUGAACUGUAGAAACCCUUAUAAUACACCUGAGCAGUAAAAACAUGUUCUUACUUUUUGUGCAGCAUAGACUAUCCCCACACACUGCAUUGUAGGACAGGUUGACAUAAUGCCUCAUCACUGCUCCAGAGGACAAACAAACAUCAGACCCUUCAUGUUAUUUGAAUGUAGUUUUUGUGGUUUACUAGCAUAGGUGGGUUUUAAUGAAAUCAUCACCUUUUAAAUGUUUGAAAACUUCAACUUUUUUUAUGAUGGAUCAAAAAGCUCUGUAGCAAAUGAAACCCAAUUUUUUGUCCAAGGUGUUCUUGAAUAUUUUUAAUACUGUGUAAUAUUUGAGCAGCACAUACUUUCUAUUCUGAUGACCAGGAUCUCAAGUUCCUGUUUCAUCUUGUCCUGUUGUGGUUCACUGUCUUAGAGUAAUAAAUCUGACCAUUAGGGAUUGUUUUCCCUGCAAGUUCAUUAAAUGUAGAAUAUUGUCUUUUUAAGAUACUGUGGUUUAAUGCUCUGAAACCAUCUGUUAAAUGACUUCCCGUUGUCUGUGGGGGUAUGUCUGUCUGUGUGUGUGUAUGUGUGUGUGUAAAAGUGGGAGAGAGAGAGAGAGAGAGAGAGAGAGAGAGAGAGAGAGAGAGAGAGAGAAGGAGACAGAGAAGGAGGGGGAGGGAGGGAGAGAGUGUUCAUUUGUGCGCCAGUGUUGGGCUUCCUCUCAGACCUACGACUGUCUGCAGUGUCUCAGCCGUCAGAAUGAAAACAUUAUCAAUCAGUACCCAACAACAGCUGUUUUUGACAAGUUUCUGUCUGACGCCUAAUGCUUUACAACUGUCAAUAAGGCUCCUUCUUUGUCUAGCAGUUCGGAGCUUGCUGUCUCACUGCUUCCGCGCUGCAUCCUGUCCCUGUAACUCUAGAAUUUGCCAUAUUUUAGAAAUCCACAUGGGAGAGAGGGAGAGACAGAGAGAGACAGAGACAGACAGACAGACAGAGAUUCUUAUUUGCUGUGUAAUGUGCCACAGGUGUCUUGGUUUGCAUAUUCAAGUACUAUAUAGGAAAAAAAAGUCUGUGAUGUAUUACUUCAUUUAGUUUUCAUUGUAUUUAUGGAGUUAACAAUUUUUGUACCUUAUGAGCUAAAGCAGUUGCCUUUUUGUAAUGGCAAUUAAUUUAUAUUACAAGAGUUUGUAUCUACUGUAGUUUAUGGUCUUGAUUGCUAGUUAACUGUCAUGUUAUCCUGUCUUUAUACUAAAAAUACAAGCAUCUAUACUUAGAAGUUGACCAAUUCUUGUGGACAACUGCCAGGCGGGGGAAACUUGUAUUGUCAAUGAUUUAUACGUGAUUUCCACUAUCUUCAAAUGAAAAUAAACGCUGAGUAGAAUUGA